ACCGUGGCAACGGACGGCAACAGCUCCGGCGGCGCCGCGGGAGCGCGGGCGGCUUCAAGCUGGGUAUGGAGCUCCUCAGCGGCGGCGGGGUCUGUGAGAAAAAAAAUUACUAAAAAUGACAAGUAGAAGACUUGAGGAGUCCAUGGGGGCUGUUCAGAUGGGAUUGGUCAAUAUGUUCAAAGGAUUUCAAAGCAAGGUUUUGCCACCCCUGAAUCCAAAGGUGGUUACAGAAGAAGAAGUAAACCGAAUGCUUACACCCUCAGAGUUCCUGAAGGAAAUGUCCCUCACCACUGAGCAGAGACUGGCAAAAACACGUUUGAUGUGCCGACCACAGAUCAUCGAACUCUUAGAUAUGGGGGAAACAACACAUCAGAAGUUUUCAGGAAUUGACCUGGAUCAGGCAUUAUUCCAGCCCUUUCCAUCAGAAAUUAUAUUUCAGAACUACACUCCCUGUGAAGUCUAUGAAGUUCCACUGAUUUUGAGGAACAAUGACAAAAUUCCAAGGUUGGUGAAGGUUGUGGAAGAAAGUUCGCCUUACUUUAAAGUAAUCAGCCCCAAAGAUAUUAGUCACAAAGUGGCUCCUGGAGUGCCUUCCAUAUUCCGAAUCCUCUUUACUCCGGAGGAGAACAAGGAUUACUCCCAUACGUUGACCUGUGUUACCGAAAGAGAAAAGUUUAUUGUACCCAUCAAAGCCAGAGGGGCACGAGCCAUUCUCGAUUUUCCUGACAAGCUGAAUUUUUCCACUUGUCCUGUCAAAUACAGCACCCAGAAGAUUCUGCUGGUACGAAACAUUGGCAACAAAAUUGCUGUAUUUCACAUCAAAACUUGUAGGCCUUUCUCUGUAGAACCAGCUGUUGGAACUCUUAAUGUGGGAGAGUCCAUGCAACUGGAAGUGGAGUUUGAGCCACAGAGUGUGGGCGAUCACAGUGGAAGACUUAUUGUGUGUUAUGACACAGGUGAAAAAGUGUUUGUAUCUCUCUAUGGAGGUGCCAUAGACAUGAAUAUAAGGCUGGAUAAGAAUUCCUUGACCAUCGAGAAAACCUACAUAUCUCUGGCCAAUCAGCGAACUGUAACCAUUCACAACCGCAGUAAUAUCAUUGCCCAUUUCCUGUGGAAGGUAUUUGCUACCCAGCAAGAAGAGGACAGAGAAAAGUAUAGGGCCUGUGAUGACCUGAUCAAAGAGGAGAAGGAUGAGACUGAUGAGUUUUUUGAAGAGUGCAUUAGUGAUCCUUUACUCCGAGAACGUCUUUCUGUUCUCUCCCAAACCUUUGCGAAUCAGAGGAGGCUGGUGCAGGGAGACAGCGUGCUCUUCUUCAAUAACAUUUUCACUGUGGAGCCCCUGGAAGGUGAUGUCUGGCCCAACUCAUCAGCUGAAAUCACCGUGUACUUUAACCCACUAGAAGCCAGGCUCUAUCAACAGACCAUUUACUGCGACAUUUCAGGCCGAGAAAUCCGUCUGCCCCUCCGAAUCAAAGGGGAAGGCAUGGGACCUAAGAUUCACUUCAACUUUGAAUUGCUGGAUAUUGGGAAAGUUUUCACCGGAUCUGUACAUUGUUAUGAGGCAAUACUGUACAACAAAGGCAGCAUCGAUGCUCUCUUCAAUGUGACCCCUCCAACUUCAGCUUUGGGGGCCUGCUUUGUUUUCUGUCCCAAGGAAGGCAUCAUUGAACCAAGUGGAGUCCAAGCUAUCCAGAUCUCCUUCAGUUCUACCAUCCUGGGAAACUUUGAAGAAGAGUUCCUGGUCAAUGUCAAUGGGUCACCUGAGCCUGUGAAACUGACCAUUAGAGGCUGUGUCAUUGGACCUACCUUCCAUUUUAAUGUUCCAGCUCUGCACUUUGGUGAUGUUUCCUUUGGGUUUCCUCAUACCUUGAUAUGUUCUCUCAAUAAUACCUCUUUGGUCCCCAUGACUUUCAAACUGCGUAUUCCUGGGGAUGGCCUUGGCCGUAAAAGCAUUUCAUAUUGCGAGCAGAAUGCAGACUACAAAAGACCGUCUUGGACCAAGGAAGAAAUAUCCUCAAUGAAACUGAAAGAAUUCACCGUCACUCCUGACUGUGGCACCAUUCGCCCCCAGGGAUUUGCUGCUAUCAGGGUGACCUUAUGCUCCAACACUGUGCAGAAAUACGAGCUCGCACUGGUCGUGGACGUGGAGGGCAUUGGAGAAGAGGUGCUGGCGCUCUUAAUUACAGCAAGGUGUAUUGUACCUGCCCUCCAUCUGGUCAACACAGAGGUGGACUUUGGGCACUGCUUCCUGAAGUACCCGUAUGAGAAAACACUCCAGCUUGCCAAUCGAGAUGACCUCCCAGGAUUCUAUGAGGUCCAGCCUCAGGUGUGUGAGGAAGUGCCUGCUAUGCUGCUUUCCAGCCCCACCCCUAGUGGGGUCAUCCCCCCUAGCAGCACCAUCCACAUACCACUGGCCCUAGAGACCCAGGUCACUGGAGAACACAGAUCCACAGUUUACAUCUCGAUCUUUGGGAGCCAGGACCCCCCUUUGGUAUGUCACUUAAAGAGCACUGGAGAAGGCCCAGUUAUCUACGUCCAUCCCAAUCAAGUGGACUUUGGCAGUAUCUACGUCCUAAAAGACUCUUCCAGGAUUCUCAACCUAUGCAACCAGUCCUUCAUUCCUGCAUUUUUCCGGGCAUGCAUGGCACACAAAAAAUCCCUUUGGACAAUUGAACCCAAUGAAGGCAUGGUUCCUCCAGAAACUGACAUUCAACUGGCACUGACCGCCAACCUGAAUGACAUACUGACAUUCAAAGACUGUGUCAUUUUGGACAUUGAAAAUAGCAGCACCUAUCGGAUUCCUGUUCAGGCUUCCGGAAUUGGUUCCACUAUUGUUUCAGAUAAGCCCUUUGCUCCAGAACUCAAUUUGGGGGCACAUUUUAGCCUGGAUACCCAUUAUUACCACUUUAAGUUGAUCAACAAGGGACGUCGGGUCCAACAGUUGUUCUGGAUGAAUGAUAGCUUCCAACCCCAGGCCAAGCUGAGUAAGAAGGGCCGGGUUAAGAAGGGACAUGCUCGUAUCCGGCCCCAGCCCAGUGGCUCUCAGGAGCCCAGGGAUCCACAGAGCCCCGUGUUUCAUCUCCACCCCGCCAGCAUGGAGCUGUACCCAGGCCAGGCAGUCGAUGUGAUACUCGAAGGCUAUUCUGCUACUCCCAGGAUAGUUAAAGAGAAGCUGGUGUGCCACGCCAUCAUCGGGGCACAGAAAGGGAAGAGCUUGUUGAUGGCUGUGAACAUCACCUGUGAGUUCGUUGCGCCUCUCAUCCAGCUCUCCACCAAGCAGCUCGUCUACAGACUGGAGAAGAAACCUAACAGUAUCCUGAAACCUGAUUACCAGCCCUUGGCCAUAAAAAACAUUUCCACCCUGCCUGUGAACUUGUUGCUGUCAACAUCUGGACCGUUCUUUAUAUGUGAGACUGAUAAAUCCCUGCUGCCGGCAACUCCUGAGCCUAUUAAACUGGAAAUUGAUGAAGAAAAAAACCUGCUGAUCAAGUUUGACCCCUCCUACAGAAACGAUCUGAACAACUGGGUGGCAGAAGAAAUUCUAGCAAUUAAGUAUGUGGAACACCCUCAGAUAGACAGCCUGGACCUGCGCGGAGAAGUGCUUUACCCCAACCUCAGCUUUGAGACGAUGGAGCUGGAUUUUGGCUGCAUCCUGAACGAUACUGAGCUCAUUCGUUACGUUACCAUCACCAACUGCAGCCCCUUGGUUGUGAAGUUUCGCUGGUUCUUCUUGGUGAAUGAUGAGGAUAAUCAGAUAAGGUUUGUGACGUUGCCGAAGAAGCCCUACAGUGCCCCACUGGCCCAGAUGGAGUCCAUCCCAACAACCUCAGAGACUGCCAGCUCACCAGCAAUCCCCGAGAUGGAUUUAAAUGGUUUUGUUAAGACUAUCCUUGUGGAUGAAGAUGCCAGGCCUGAAGAAAAAGAACCAAGAAAAACGAAGGCGUCCAGUGUGAUCUCAGAUGAAAUAAAAAUUAGCUCUGCUGAAAUAGAAAGAAUAUACUCAAGCCAGAGCCAGGUGGAGGAUCAGGAAUCCCUACAGACCUGUGAACAGAAUGAGAUGCUUUCCAUCGGGAUAGAAGAAGUGUUUGAUAUUUUGCCCCUGUUUGGAGUGUUGCAGCCACACAGUAGCCACCAAAUGUCAUUCACCUUCUAUGGACACUCUAACAUCAUUGCACAAGCUAAAGCUCUGUGUGAAGUGGAAGAAGGACCCACCUACGAAAUAACACUAAAGGGAGAGGCGUCCCUGGUCAACUAUUCCUUUGACACCAAGGAUAUUCACUAUGGAUUACAGCUGUUUGACCACGUCACAGAGAGGGAAAUCACGCUGACGAACACGGGGAAAGUCGGCUUUGAGUUCAAAGUUCUGACUGACCCCCAGUCUUCUCCAGACAACCUUCUCCCUGGAGUGCCACUAAUCCUGCCUCUCUCCGGCUUUAUCAGUUCACAUCAAGAGCAGGCAUUGAAAGUUUACUACCUUCCUGGAGUUCCGGAGGUCUUUAAAAGGAGUUUCCAGAUACAGAUCGCCCACCUGGACCCAGAAAAUAUCACUCUGAGUGGAGAGGGAAUCUUUCCCCAAAUCUGCCUCGAUCUCCCCAGGAACCUCACAGCGAAUGAAAAGUAUGAAACGUUCUUGAAUCAAGCCAGGAAAAACACAGACAAAGACUAUAACAAAUGUGAAACGCUCGAUCACUUUGACAUAAUAACUGAGGAAGUGCCAGAGGAUGAGCCUGCUGAGGUAAGUGCUCAUCUCCAGAUGGAGGUAGAAAGACUUGUAGUCCAAAGCUAUGUCCUAGAACAUCAGAAAACAACCACCCCCGAUCCUAUGGAUGACACCUGCUUCAGCCAUCGGAGUCGCCGCAAACUGGCCAAAGUCCAGCUGCCAGAGUACAUCCUGGACUUUGGCUACAUCAUCCUUGGCGACGUCCGAACCCACAUCAUCAAGAUCACCAACACCAGUCACUUUCCAGUGUCAUUCCAUGCAGACAAGCGUGUCCUUCAUGAGACAGGAUUCAGUACCAAGCUAGAUCGUGUAAAGAAUCUGCCUCAUUGUGAAACGGAAAUAUUUGAAGUGAGGUUUGACUCACAGGGGGCCAAUCUUCCUGUUGGAAGCAAAGAAGUCAUUCUGCCCAUCAAGGUGGUUGGAGGGCCAACAGUUCACAUCCGUCUCCAAGCCAAGGUGACCAUUCCAACCAUGACUCUCUCUCAUGGAAAAGUGGACUUUGCCACAAUUCAGUGUGGACAGUGCCUGGUGGAAACUAUUCAGCUUUCCAAUCAUCUCCAAGUGCCUUGUGAAUGGUUUGUCCAGAGCCAAAAGCCUGUUGACAAGCUGGAGAAACACAUGCCGAAGUACUUAAGACAGAAACUACGUGCUGAAUUAAAGCCAAAGACACGGAUCUUCGAAAUCCAGCCCAUUUCUGGAGUCCUGGAUCCUGGUGAGAAGUCCAACGUACAGGUGAAAUUCAUGCCAAAAGAAGAGAAAUUCUACAGCCAAACCCUGGUGUUUCAGAUUGCCCAGAGUGCUCAAAAGCUUACCCUGCUGGCACGUGGGCAAGGUCUAGAGCCACGCCUGGAAUUUAGUCCUUCAGUCCUGGAUCUGGGGCCACUGCUACUUUGUGCACCUGGAGACGAGGCCGAGGUGAUAGUGAAGAAUCCUUGCAACUUCCCCAUUGAGUUUUAUUCCUUAGAAUUUGAUCAGCAAUAUCUCAUAGAAGAAAAGAUCUUGCGGAAGCUGAAGGGCUAUGAUUCCUACAACACCCUGCUGCUGCCUCCCCGCAACCCUGGGGAGAAGCUGCCCCCAGAACUGUACGAGUACUUUAAGGAGAUGAAGAAGUCAAAAGAGGAGCAGAUGAGGGCGAAAUAUCUGGAGAAUCUGGCACAGGAGAAUGAAGAGGAAGAUAUGACCUCAUCAGAUCAGGGAACCUCUAAUAGCACGAAGAGGACAUCGCUGAGCCGAGGGAUCUCUGUAACAUCCAACCUGGAAGAGUGGCACGCCCUGUUGGUUGAGUCCAAAACCUAUCUAGAGGAAGAGGAGGAUGAGGAAAGCCUGGAAAAAAUCAUGUUCCAAACUGACAAGCUUCAGAGCAUUGACAGCCACUCCAUGGAGGAAGUUGGAGAGGUGGAAAACAACCCAGUGAGCAAAGCAAUCGCUCGCCACCUGGGCAUUGACAUUUCUGCAGAAGGCCGCCUGGCCAAGAACCGGAAAGGCAUCGCCAUUAUCAUUCACGGGACACCCUUGUCAGGAAAGUCAGCCACCGCGGUCAGCAUGGCCAAGUACUACAACGCGGCCUGCCUGAGCAUCGACUCCAUUGUGCUGGAAGCUGUGUCCGACAGCAACAACGUCCCAGGGAUCCGGGCCCGUGAGCUCUGCAUCAGGGCUGCCAUAGAGCAGUCCAUGAAGGAAGGAGAGGAGGCUGCCCAGGAGGCUGCUAUGGGUCAAAACAUCAUAGGGCAAGGACGACUGAGCACUGAGACCUUGGGCAAGUUAACCUCAGAGAUGACUCUGCUGGCCCCAGAAAUUAAACCUGGAAAGAGUGUUCGUGGGAGCGUGGUCAUGACCAAAAGCAAGGCGGACAGCCAUGGCUCCGGGUCGCAGAAGCAGCAUCACUCACACCAGUCUGAAACACCACAGAUUUCCUCCAGCCCUCUCCUGCCGGGACCCACCCACCGCCGGCUCAGUGUCAGUCCCAGUGUCGGAGGGGAGACCGGGCUGAUGAGCUGUGUGCUCCCGGAUGAACUUCUCGUGCAGAUCUUGGCCGAGCGGAUACAGCUGAGUGACUGCUACCGAGGAGUGGUGUUUGAUGGCCUCGACACUCUCUUUGCUCGGAAUGCCGCGGCUGCCCUCCUCUGCCUGCUGAAGGCCAUUGGCAGCCGGGAGCAUAUAUACGUUCUCAACAUGGCCCAGGAUUAUGCAGCCAUGAAGGCCCAGGAGAAAGCCAAAAAGGAGCAAGAAGAACGCAAGCACAAGGAAGCUCUUGAGAAAGAGAAGGAGCGUCUCCAAAACAUGGAUGAGGAAGAAUAUGAUGCCCUGACCGAGGAGGAGAAACUCACAUUCAAUCAGGGGAUUCAGCAGGCGCUCCGGGAGCGGAAGAAGAGGGAGCAGGAGAGGCUGGCAAAGGAAAUGCAAGAAAAGAAGCUACAGCAGGAGCUGGAGCGACAAAAGGAAGAGGAUGAGCUGAAACGGAAGGUCAAAAAAGGAAAGCAGGGACCCAUUAAGGAGGAGCCCCCGCCGAAGAAAUCUCAAGCAUCAAACAAGCAGGUUCCUCCAUUCACCAAAGUGGAUGUCAAGAUGGAGACAAUUGAAAGGAAAAUAUCUGUUAGGGAACCAACAGUGUCUGAGAAGGAAGAGCUAAAUAAGAAGAAAAGGAACAUGGGUGAUGUCAGCAUGCUUGGGCUUCCUCUUGUCCAGGACCAAGAGGACAGUGAAGGGGACGUCUCAAAGGACCCCGACAAGCAACUGGCCCAGAGGUUUAAAGCCUAUGAGUUGACACUGAAGGAUGUCCAGAACAUCCUCAUGUACUGGGACCGGAAGCAAGGAGUCCAGCUGCCUCCCGCAGGGAUGGAGGAAGCGGCCCAUGAGCCCGACGACCAGCGCCAGGUCCCCUCCGGUGGGCGCAGGGGCCGUAAGGACCGGGAGAGGGAGCGCCUGGAGAAGGAGCGCACGGAGAAGGAGCGCCUGGAGAGGGAGAAGGCGGAGCGGGAGCGCCUAGAGAAGCUGCGAGCCCUGGAGGAGCGGAGUGACUGGGAGGGGGAAGGGGAGGAGGACCACGAAGGGAAAAAGGAGAAGGACCUGGGUGUGCCCUUCCUUAACAUCCAGACACCAGACUUUGAAGGCUUGAACUGGAAGCAGGCCCUAGAGAGUGACAAGCUUCCCAAAGGAGAGCAGAUCCUAGACAUCUUGGGUCUGGGAUCCUCCGGACCACCCAUCCCGCCUCCCGCCUUAUUCUCAAUCGUCUCCUACCCUGUGAAGCGGCCGCCUUUGACCAUGACAGACGACCUGGAGCAUUUUGUGUUUGUGAUCCCACCAUCCGAAGAGAUAUCUCUGGAUGAUAAAAAAGAAAUGGAAAUAGAAUCAGACCUUUUGGCUGCCGCAAACACUACAAAGGCUCAAGAGGAGCAGACCAGCUCAUCUAAGGGGGGCAAACAGAAAGUGAAAGAAAAGACGGACCAAGUUGUCGAGACUCAGAAAGACAAGCGUCGCGUGGCCUUAAACAGGAAAGUCAUUUCUGGGGAACCAGCAGGAACCAUUUCCCAGCUGUCAGAUACAGACCUGAACAACUUCAACGGGCAGCACUCCCAAGAGAAAUUCACCAGACUGAAUCACUUCCGGUGGAUCGUGCCAGCCAAUGGCGAGGUAACGUUGCAGGUGCACUUCUCUUCUGAUGAGUUCGGAAACUUUGACCAAACUUUUAACUUUGAGAUCCUAGGAACUUGCUGCCAGUACCAGCUCUAUUGCCGAGGCAUCUGCACUUACCCAUACAUUUGCCAAGACCCGAAAGUGGUAUUUCCUCAGCGGAAGACAGACAUGAAGGCAAAUGAGAUCAUCUUUAAGAAGUAUGUUAUGAGCACGGAGACAUACUACUUCGGGCCACUGCUUUGUGGAAAAUCAAGAGAUAAGUACAAGUCAUCCUUAUUCCCAGGCAACAUGGAGACGCUAACAAUCCUGAACACUUCCUUAAUGGUGGUGGAGGCAUCCUUCUGUUUUCAGAACGAUGUCAAAGCAAACACAUAUUUCCUGGAACCCAACACCAUGGUCCUGAAACCCAAUGAGAAGCAGAUAUUAACCGUAUGGGCCUACCCUACUUCCGUUGGUGUCUUUGAAGACAGCAUUGUCUGCUGCAUCAAUGAUAACCCAGAGCCAGCCAUCUUCCAAUUAAGCUGCCAGGGGAUCCGCCCGGAACUAGAGCUGGAACCCAGGCAAUUACAUUUUGACCGGCUCUUGCUGCACAGACUGGAAUCCAGGGUAGUUCUUCUCCGCAAUGUCACGCUCCUGCCUGUGGCCUGGCGGAUCACCAGCCUCGAGCACUUGGGUGAUGAUUUCACCGCAUCCAUGAUGCAGGGGACCAUCCCCCCCGAGGCUGAGUAUGGCCUGCACCUGUACUUUCAACCCACCAAGCCUGUCAACAUCAAGAAGGCUAUUCGGUUGGAGGUUUUAGAUGCAGAAAAUCUUCUUGGUGUUGUUCAGAUUGAAAAUAUCAUGGUCUUUGCAGAGGCAUAUGACAUCGCCUUGGACAUCACCUUCCCCAAAGGAGCUGAAGGGGGCCUGGAUUUUGGGAUUGUCAGGGUCACAGAGGAGGUGAAGCAGCCCCUGCAAUUGAAGAACCGUGGGAAAUACGAGAUCGCAUUCAGCUUUUCCGUGGACUCUAUAGGGAUUUCAACACCUAAUAUAAAUUCCAUGAUCUCAGUCCAACCCAGAAAAGGUUCACUGACCCCAACAGAAAAACCCACAAAUGUCCAAGUUUUCUUCCGUGCAAAAAAGGAAGUGAAGAUCGAGCACCAGCCUGUUCUGCGCUGUCAGAUUAUUGAGCCCAAUAUUUCAGAAGGAGGUGAGAUCAUUGCCAGCAUCCCAAUUAAGUUUUCCGUGAAUGCAGUAUAUUCCAAAUACAACAUCACCCCCUCCUCUGUCAUCAACUUUGGAGCUUUGAUCUGUGGCGCUCGUAAAAGUACCACCUUCACCAUAGAAAAUCAAGGUGUUACUGACUUCAAGUUUGCCCUUUAUAAGCUGACAGGGGAGAGCCCCAUUCAUCAAAAGAAAGCAGCCAGCCACGUCAGACAUGCAAGAUCCCGAGAAAGUGAGAGCUUCUACAAAACUGGCCCUUCCAGAGCAGCCAAGUUCUCUGACACGAUUCAGAGAGAAAUCACCACCACAGGCCAGGCCCGCUUCGCCCAUGGCAUGUUCACCGUGUACCCUGGGUUUGGCUCCAUCCCUUCCGGAGGACAGCAGGUCAUCAACGUUGACUGUGUGGCUGACCCCGUGGGAAAGUGUGAGGAGUUUAUAGCCAUCGAUAUCUCCGGCCGAGACCCUACAGUUCAGCCUGCCGGCAUUCCUUACACUUUGCUGGCUGAAGCCUGUCUACCAGCCUUUGUGACCGAAAACAAUGCCUUGAUAUUUGAAGAGCACCAGAUAUGUACCAGCGCCACCCUGCACCACAUCCUGCAGACCAUAGAGAGCGGGGGGCUGUUCGUCGAGGACGAGAACAAGUUCAUCUUCUGCAAUGUCCUCGUGGGCCGCCGAGCCAAGGCUCGUUUCAAGAUCAGCAACGUGGGGAAGAUCGCCUGUGAUGUCAACAUUGUAGUCAGGCCUAUCUCCAAUAAGCCCUUUGCCCGCAUCACCGACAUUUUUGAAGUGGAACCCAACAAGAUGUGCAUUGCCAGUCAUUCCCAUGCCUUUGCCACGGUGUCCUUCACCCCGCAGAUCAUGCAGAACUACCAGUGCAUCUUUGAGGCUACCUUGGAUGGCUUGCCCAGCACCCUGGCCAAGAGCCGAGGCCUCGUGUUUGACAUCGCUGGUGAGGGGAACCUCCCUCGAGUGACGGUUGUGCGGCCAAUUCUUCAUAACCAACGUGGAAACCCCUUACUCCUCUUUAAGAGGCUUCUGCUUGGUCGUUCAGAGAAGCUGCCUCUCAUCCUCAAGAACAAUGGCGUCCUCCCUGCCCAGCUGCAUGUUGACCUGCGGGAUGAGCUAGGAGUCUUUUCCCUGAAGGGGAGGCCCACCACCUCGUACAUCUACAUCACAGAGGAAAACAAACCACAUGAAAAAGCAAAGAAAGCUCAUACAGCCUCCUUGGUUGUUUCUCCUGGAGAUACAGCUGAAUUUGAUGUCUUUUUCCACUCCCAGAAGGUUGGGAGGAUGAGAGGUAUCAUCCACUUGUCAGUGAUCAACAACCAGUAUGAGGAGACCACCAUCCACAUGGUGGGAGAGGGCUAUGAGGAUGACAUCACCUUGGACAACAUCCACGGGCUGGUGGCCCCCACCAGCCAGGAAGACAUAAGUAUCUCUGAGUUCACAGAGAUAGUCGAGGACAAUGAUAUGGAAGACUUAGUGGCAGCUGCUCUGGUGGACCACAUCCAGUUUGGGGACUGCCACAUUGGACACAGCUAUAAUGUGAGCUUCACAGUCACAAAUCACAGCCAAGUGAACGUGAUACGGUUUGAGUGGCCUGUUUUGGCUACAAUUGCUUUCUCCCCACAGAUGGGCCAUCUCCACCCUGGGUGUGCCAAGGACAUAGUGGUGACCAUGAAGUCAGACGUACCCAUCAACCUGAAGAAUAUGCGGAUCAAGUGCAAGCUCUCCAGAAUUAUGUUUCAGCUCCCUGCAGACCAGGUCCCUGACUGGGAUGACCGCAUGCACACAGUCAAGUGGGUGGAUGUGCCCAGAAACAUGCCUGGGACUUUCACUACAAAACGAAAAGUGAUAGAGACGGAUCCAGAGCCUGCUCACUCAGUACUAGAAGAAAACUACCAAGAACUGCAGCUUCAAAUCAGUGCCAAUGUGGAUUUCGCUUCAUACCACUGCCAAGCAAGAGAUGUGCGCUUUAAGGAAACCUUGGUUUACCAGACCCGAGUGUUUGAGUUUGACGUGAUUAAUUCAGGACAUGUGCAGCUGGAAUUCAGCUGGGUCUCAGAAGAUACCUCAAAGGUAGUCAGCUUUGCAAAACCAGAUCACCAAGGUUCACCUCAAAAAGAUCAGCUUAGUCAGGGCACGAUGCACACGGGCAGCACCCUGGACAGCGCCACGGACCACUGGACCGAGGGUUCCCCACAGCCCUUCUCUGUGGAGCCCUCCUCGGGAAUCGUGCCCGUGGGGAAGACUCAGAAGUUCAAGGUGAAAUUCUCCCCGUUGGACAUUGGAGACUUCGAGAGCAACCUUUUCUGCCAGAUUCCCAACCUGCCACCUGGAGAGCAAGGUCUGGUCCUGGUAGCCAAAGGGCGGAGCACCUUGCCCAUCUGCCAUUUUGAUCUGAAAGACUCAGACUACAUCAGUGGCCAUCAGCGCAGCCCAGAGCUCCGAGGGUCCAGUGGGGGAGCUCUAGAUCCAAACACCCGGGUGAUUGAGUUCAUCACUGUGGGCAUAGGAGGAAAGAAUCUCCGGAGCUUUACAAUCCUAAACCCAACCAAUAGCACCUACUCCUUCUCCUGGAUCUCUGAAGAAAUUGAAAGUCUCCAGAACCCUGCAGCAUUCACAUGCCUUACAGAGAAGGGCUUCAUCCACCCUGAAAAGAAAGCUGAGAUCGUGUUCCAGUUCACACCUUUCCAUCUGGGCAUCACUGAAUCAUCAUGGACCUUCCUAAUCCCUGAGCACAACAUCACAGUCCCUUUCCUGCUUGUAGGCAAGACUACCGACCCUCUCAUCUCUCUGAACAAGUCACACCUCAACUUCAGCUCUCUCCUCAUUGGCAGAGAAGCCAGGGAGACUGUGCAGAUCAUCAACAAGGAGGAGCAGGGGUUCGAUUUUUCCUUCCAGGACAACUCCCGCUAUUCUGAAGGUUUCAACAACAGCCUGCUUGUAUGUCCCAUGGAAGGCUGGAUCCCACCACUGUCCAGGUUCCCAAUUGAUAUUUUCUUCACACCAAAGCAGGAAGGAGAUGUGAACUUUAAUUUGAUCUGCAAUGUGAAAAAGAAAGUCCACCCUCUGACAUUAAAUGUCAAGGCCGAGGGCUACACUAUGAAUGCAGAGAUCAAGUGCAAGGACAGGACAGGCUCCAUCACUCUGUUGACUCCCAACCAGACUAACAUUGUCAACUUCUAUGAGGUGGAGUUAAAUGAAUGUGUCCAGUGUGAAUUCAACUUUAUCAACACUGGAAAGUUCACCUUCAGCUUCCAGGCAGAGCUGUGUGGCUCCAAAGCCUUGCUGCAGUACUUGGAAUUUUCACCCAUCGACAGCACUGUGGAUGUAGGGCAGAGUGUACAUGCCACCCUGUCUUUUCAACCAUUAAAGAAGUGUGUCUUGACAGACCUGGAACUCAGAAUCAAGAUCAGCCAUGGUCCAACAUUUGUGUGCAGCAUCUCAGGCUGUGCUGUGAGCCCGGCUAUCCAUUUCUCCUUCACCAGCUACAACUUUGGGACCUGCUUUAUCUAUCAAGCUGGGAUGCCCCCAUACAAACAAACCCUGGUAAUUACCAACAAGGAAGAAACACCUAUGAGCAUAGAUUGUCUGUACACCAACACCACUCAUCUCGAGGUGAACUGCCGUGUUGAUGUGGUAAAGCCAGGAAACACACUGGAGAUUCCGAUAACUUUUUAUCCUCGAGAAAGUAUCAACUAUCAAGAACUCAUCCCCUUUGAAAUCAAUGGGCUCUCACAACAAACGGUCGAAAUCAAAGGGAAGGGUACUGAAAUGAAGAUUUUAGUCCUAGAUCCACCCAACAGGAUUGUGAAGUUGGGAGCUGUCCUACCAGGGCAGGUUGUGAAAAGAACAGUUUCCAUCAUGAACAACAGCCUGGCCCAGCUCACAUUUAACCAGUCCAUUCUGUUCUCAAUUCCAGAACUCCAGGAACCCAAGGUCCUCACCUUGGUGCCCUUCCACAACAUCACACUGAAGCCCAGAGAAGUCUGCAAACUGGAAGUCAGCUUUGCCCCGAAGAAGCGUGUCCCUCCCUUCUCUGAGGAAGUGUUCAUGGAAUGCAUGGGGCUCCUGCGCCCCCUCUUCCUCCUUAGCGGCUGCUGCCAGGCCCUGGAGAUCUUGCUGGACCAGGAACAUAUUCCCUUCGGACCUGUGGUGUAUCAGACACAAGCCACGCGUCGCAUCCUCAUGUUGAACACAGGCGACGUGGGUGCAAGGUUUAAAUGGGACGUCAAAAAAUUUGAGCCUAAUUUCUCCAUUAGCCCAGAAGAAGGCUAUAUUACCUCAGGCAUGGAGGUUUCUUUCGAAGUGACCUACCAUCCCACCGAGAUGGGAAAGGAGAGCCUUUGUAAAAACAUUCUCUGCUUCAUCCAGGGAGGCAGUCCUCUGAGCCUAACCCUGUCUGGAGUCUGCGUGGGACCACCUUCAAUAAAAGAGGUGGUGAAUUUCACGUGCCAGGUGCGCUCCAAGCACACGCAGACCAUUCUGCUGUCAAACCGCACCAACCAGACCUGGAAUCUGCACCCCAUCUUUGAGGGCGAGCACUGGGAGGGGCCUGAGUUCAUCACCCUGGAGGCCCACCAGCAAAACAAGCCCUACGAGAUCACCUACAGGCCCCGCACCAUGAACUUGGAGAACCGCAAGCACCAGGGCACCCUCUUCUUCCCCCUCCCAGAUGGGACUGGCUGGCUGUAUGCUCUACAUGGGACUUCCGAGCUCCCCAAAGCUGUAGCCAGUAUCUACCGUGAAGUGCCAUGUAAGACCCCCUACACUGAACUUCUGCCGAUCACCAACUGGCUGAACAAGCCCCAGAGAUUCCGGGUCAUCGUGGAAAUACUGAAACCAGAGAAGCCGGACCUAAGCAUCACUAUGAAGGGCCUUGAUUACAUUGAUGUACUGUCUGGCUCUAAGAAGGACUACAAGCUGAACUUCUUUUCCCACAAGGAGGGAACGUACACCGCAAAGGUGAUCUUCCGAAACGAGGUGACAAAUGAGUUCUUGUACUACAAUGUGAGUUUCAGGGUCAUCCCUUCAGGCAUCAUCAAAACCAUCGAGAUGGUGACCCCAGUCCGGCAAGUUGCAUCAGCCUCCAUCAAGUUGGAGAACCCUCUGCCCUACUUGGUGACCUUCUCCACGGAAUGCCGGAUGCCCGACAUCGCCCUGCCCUCCCAGUUCGUGGUACCUCCCAACUCCGAGGGCACGUUCUCAUUUGAAUUCCAGCCCCUGAAAGCUGGAGAAACCUUCGGAAGACUAACUUUGCACAACACUGACUUGGGUUACUACCAGUAUGAGCUCAAUCUGAAAGCCACGCCAGCACUUCCGGAAAAGCCCGUUCACUUCCAGACUGUCCUUGGCAGCAGCCAAAUCAUCCUUGUGAAGUUCAUCAAUUACACACGGCAGAGGACAGAAUACUACUGCAGGACCGACUGUACAGACUUCCACGCAGAAAAACUCAUUAAUGCAGCCGCAGGAGGCCAGGGAGGCACUGAAGCCAGCGUGGAAGUCUUCUUCGAGCCCAGCCACCUGGGUGAGACCAAGGGCAUCCUAAUUCUAUCAUCGCUCGCAGGUGGAGAGUAUAUCAUCCCCCUCUUUGGAAUGGCUCUGCCUCCCAAGCCCCAAGGUCCCUUCCCAAUCCGAGCCGGGUACAGCAUAAUCAUCCCCUUCAAGAAUGUUUUCUAUCACUUGGUGACCUUCUCCAUUAUCGUGGAUAACCCAGCCUUCACCGUUCGCGCUGUAGAGUCUGUGCGGCCCAAGAAGAUCAACAACAUCACAGUCUCCUUUGAAGGAAACCCGUCUGGCAGCAAAAUCCCCAUCACCACCAAGCUGAUUGUGAGCUGCCCUCCUGGCGAAGGGAGUGAAACUGGAAUUAAAUGGGUUUAUUAUCUGAAGGGAAUCACCCUUUAGUGGUAACCAGGGUUACCUAUAUCAAACCAAAAGCUACGCGUUGUCUUAGCCUGAAGAAGAAUAAAGAAAACAAUAAGAAUUCUAAAGGAACUGUUUUUAUUCUUCUCAUACAAUUAUAGGGACAGUUAUUUCCAUAUUAUGUUUUCCAAAUAUAGAUAUGAAAUAUCUAUUUCAUAUUAAACAGUAUAACUACA